UCCAACAUGGCGGCGUCCGGGAGGCGCCUGGGGCAUUACGUGAGCAAAAACAGUUGGUUUCUGUUAAAUAACUGCAAACAGUCGAGGAAUCACAGGAAUUUUGGUUGGAGUCCAUGUUUGCAACAACAAACUGCUUCAGUUACAAAAGAGUCAGCAGAGACUAUAGUCAUUCCCAGGAAGAAAACAUGGAGCAAGGAGGCUGUGCUUCAGGCUUUGGCUUCUACUGUUAAUAGAGACCCCACAGCGUAUAACUACCAGUUUCAGGAUGACCCUUACCUCUCUCCUAAGACCUCGGCUGAGUUUAAACUAUACUCGCUCUCUCAAGAGUCUGGCAGAGCUGCUGCCAAAUACUUUGUCAAUAACUUUCCGAAGUUCUUCACCAAAGACUUUGCCGAACCACACAUUCCAUGUCUUAUGCCUGAGACCGUGGCGUUGGUUAUUGAGGAGGUGAGUGAGGCGGCACUGAAAGAGAGAAUCAGCUUGAGGAAAGUUACAGCUGCUGUUGAUAUGUAUGAUCAGCUACUGCAAGCUGGGAUGGCACUCUCUAAGGAAAUCACAUAUGACCUGCUUGACCUGAUCUGUCUAUAUAACGACCGAAACCCUGUACAGGAGGAUGGGGGGCCAGAGGUUGAAAAUACGGAGUUAGAGGAGGGGACGAGGAGGCCGAAAGGGAGGUUGCGCCGGGCGUCAGACCUCCUUAAGUCUAACUGGAAGGACAAAAACAAUGCAGAGAGAAUCUUCAACCUGCUACCGGAGAGAGAGACACGCUGUUACUCCGCCCUGAUCAGAGGAAUGGUUAAGCAUGAAGCCUAUGCAAAGGCGGCCAGCAUGUACACAGACAUGUUAAACAACAGAAUCACUGGCGACGUCCACAUCUUCAACGCCUUGAUUUCAGCGGCUCCGCAUCUCAAAGACAAAUACAAUGAGAGAUGGGACCUCAUCGCCGAGCUAUUGAACCAGAUGAGACAGCAGAAAGUUCAGCCUAAUUUGUUGACGUUUAACAGUGUUUUGAAAGCUCUGAGGCGCUGUGGUGCUUCAGCCAGAUCCCAGGCGCUCCAAACGCUGAGUGAAAUGAAGGCUCUGGGGAUAGCUCCCAGCCUGGCCACCUUUGACCACCUCCUAGCAAUCUUUUAUAAAGCAGCCUCCCCUGCUCAGAAGCCAACAGACAUUCUCCAGGAAGUGAUGUUGGAGCUGGAAGGAACAAGUUUCACCUGCCAGGACCCCAAUGAUGUCUUAUUCUUCUCCAAUGCCAUGAGAGUAUGUCUAGAUACUAAAGAUUUGGAGCAGGGCUACAAACUCCAACAACUAGUGGAGGUGGGAGAGAACUGGAGGCUUCUGGGAGAUUUCUACCAGCAGGGUAGUUACUAUGGGCGCUUCUUCGGCCUGUUGUGCAUGAUGGAAGACAUUGACACAGUUCUGAAGUGGUACCGGCAACUUGUCCCCUUGUUGUACUACCCCAACUCCCAGGCCAUUUCGGACCUGCUUCAGGCCUUGGACACAGAUAAUCGCCUGGACCUUCUACCUACCAUAUGGAAAGAUAUCAAGGUCCUGGGUCAUGAUAAUAGAUUGCAUGUGGUGGAGGAGCUGUUGGUCCUGAUGGCCAGAGAGAAACACAGUCCUGAGCUUCAGGAGUCUUUCGCAGUGUGCGCUCUGGAUGUGAAAAGCGUGUUUGAGAGUGACAGAGGGAAGUCCAGCCUGGAGUGGAGUCCCUCCUCUCUCAACCACGUCACCUCCCUGCUGCUGCGAGCCAACAGGAUUCCACAGGCCUGGGAGAUGCUGCAACUCUUCCAAACCAAGAACAGAGUUCCUACUGGUGAGCUGUUGGAGGAAUUCCUGUCAGCAUGCGGUAGUGUUGCUGGUGCCUCCCAGUGGGCGGUGAAGCUGGUGAAGUUAUCUGCUUCUUUCUGUCUGCCAGCAACCCAAAAGCUGGCCCAAAGAGCAGUGGCGGAGUUUGAGCUAACAGAGGAGCAGAGAGCCAUAUUGACUGACCUGGGGUCGGCAGGAGAGCCUGAAGACUGAAAGAGAGACUUUUGAUUUCAGUGGCCAACCUUUGUGAUGCCAGGGGGAUUCCACAUACGUUAUGCUGACAGCCACCACCCCCCACACCAAAAAAUAGCAUAGUCAAACCACCACAGCCCAAAGUCCAUUGGUUCCGCGUGUACGGCCUUUGAGGAGGCUCCACAGAGUCUAGAGCAAAAAAGAAAAUCUUGUGGGUCCACUCUUGUUAUUCUCCCAUUUUAUUGUGUAGAUCGUUUUCUGUUUCGGAAUCAUUGCACCAGGCCACCUUAUCCCACCGAUAAACCAUCACGGCGGCCCCAAUUCACCCGUUGUGGAUGGAUUUAAACAGCGACAAAGGAAACCAAUCUGCUCUUUUGUCAUCCAGUUUUCAUGGUUUCUUCACGCUUGCCCUUCGAGAUCAGAUCUUGUAAGCACAAGGUUAAAAAAACGUUGAAAGCAAAUAUGACAGUUCCCCAGAAAAGUUAAAAAAAUUGUUUCUGUAUCAACGUAAUAGAGAUGUUUGUGAAAUAAUUAAACUUAAC